GGGGCCUGCUGGGGUCAAACUCUGUGUAGACCUUGACGAGGGUUCUCGGACCGGCUACUCUUGAAAAACAGGCAGACCGACAAGUAAAUAACCAGAGGGGGGGAACGGAGAGAUUCCUGAUCAUGAGGCCUAGCCCCACAUUUGAAGAGCACCUGCUCGAACCUUAACAGGACCAGGAUCGCCUGAAUACUGAAGACUUCUUCCUCCAGCUUUUCCACAGGCAUCUGCAUCUCAUAUGGUGCAGCAGCUAUAACUCACACAUGGGAGAUUUCAUGGUGUCUGGUUUGGGUUCUGGAACUCUUGCCACAGUCUCAAAUUGAUCACAGAGUCAGUUGAGUGUUGCAGAAGUGUUGGACAAUGUUUCCCCCUGCUGGCAGGAAACACACCCACACACACCCACACACACGCACACACAUACACACACACACACGUAUCCACUUGUUCAGUAUCAGCACAACAGCCCAAAGGUGGAGUAGCUGUGUCUCUUCCAGUGUCUGGGUGGGGCAGCCGAGGUGUGUCCCUGCGUCGAGUCACUGAGCCAGUAACAGUCCGUGUGUAGUGCGUACUAACCCAGAACACAAGGUGCACGGACAGGAGCUUUCACUUAUUGGUGGUUUUCUGCGGCUAAACCAACACAUCAUCUGUCCACCGAGUCCGGCUUCCUGCUCCGGACAUUCCACCGUCGGGAAGAACCGGGGGGAAUUGAAACAAAUGGCUAAAGUUCUAUUAUUCACCUUGUGCGUAACGUUGAUCCUUCCCCGGGGGGAGUCGUGUUCCAUCCCGAGGUUCCUCUCCGUGGACGUGCCGCAAGCUAUUCCGCGUCAAUAUGAAAUCACCAAAGUCGACGUCUCAGGCUGCGACGGGAGCACCGUGAGUCUCACUGUCACGGACCCGAGCUUCACGGUGACGUCACACGGGGCGAUACUGGCUUCCACGGCCGUGUACGUGGGGAAUAGCGGGCGGACAUUUUCCGUGCGGGCCUGGGACGGAGCGGGGACGGGAAGUGAGAUGGAAGUUCACCUUGUACCAUGGAGAUCGUCACCCAAGAAAAGCCCAGACUUCCUGAAACGCUCCAAGAGAAGGUGGGGUCCCGCCCCCUUCAAUAUAUUAGAGAAUGACCACGGGCCCUAUCCCAAAGACAUAGAUGUGGUUGCGUCCGAUUCUGCAGCCAACCAAGCCGUGUACUACACCAUCAGCGGACCCGGUGUCGAGAGGAACCCGGUCGGCGUGUUCUCCCUCGACAGAGAGACUGGGAUGUUGAGGGUGCACAAACCAGUUGAUCGUGAGAUGUUCCCAAACUUUACAUUGAGGACCAGAGUUUUCAGCAAAGCAACAAACGUGGAGACAGACCUUUUCUUUGACAUCAAAGUAAUUGUGGACGAUGUGAAUGACAAUGCGCCGCAAUUCGAUUCCCCCCUGCAGUUCACUGUGCCCGAGCAAAGCAAAGCAGGGACAGUGGUGGGGGAGGUGAAAGCUUCAGACAAAGACGAACCAGGCUCCCUCCAUGUAAAGAUCAAGUAUUCUCUCAAGAAUGGAUUAGACCUGUUCGCCAUUGACCAGGCUACCGGUGUCAUCACCACAGCAACCAACACCCUGGACAGAGAGGUGAAAGACAAGCAUUUGGUGACAGUGGAAAUCAGAGAUAUGCAGGGUGCAGUCACUGGGCUGUUCACUACGGCAACAGCAACAAUUACUGUGGGGGACAUCAACGACAACCCGCCGACCUUCGUAAAAGCCUCAUACACACACAUUGUCAAAGAAAAUGAACAAGAUAAAUUCAUGUUCAGAAUUCCCGUCGAGGACAAGGAUCAAGUGAACACGCCGAACUGGAUUUCAAAAUUCGUCAUCACUAAAGGAAAUGAAAAUGGCAACUUCAGGAUUGACAGGGACCCCAAAACAAACGAUGGUCUUGUGUACGUCACUGAGCCAUUAAACCAUGAGAAAACCCCAAAAGUAAAACUGGAGAUCGAGGCACGCAACGAAGCUGAGCUGAGCGACCCCAAGUUAAAGUGGAACCUUAUCCCCGUGGACCUCACCGUCAAAGAUGUCGACGAGGGCCCAGAAUUCACAGCUCCUACCAUCCGCAUCCCCGUCAAAGAGAACACGCCAAACGGCACGUUGAUAGGAAGCUACACGGCUGUGGAUCCCGAGACCAAGAGCAGCAACGGCAUCAACUACUACAAGGUCUCAGACCCAGCCCUCUGGAUCAAUGUGGAUAAAAAUACAGGAGAGCUGAAGGUUGCAAACACAAUCGACAGAGAGUCCCACUUUGUCAAUGAUGGAAUUUACAACAUCACCGUGAAGGCUCUUGAUGCUGGCGGCAAAUCGGCCAUAGGAAAAGUCAUCAUCGUGGUGGAGGAUGUCAACGACAACAGGCCAACGGUCCCCGUCAGUGAGCUGAUCAUGUGCGAGAAGCCAGGCGAGCUGGGCUCGGUCGUGGUUGUGGCUGAAGACAAAGACGCAUCUCCCUUUUCUUCCCCUUUCACCUUUCAUAUGCCCACUGACAACGACGGCCAAUGGUCAGUGACGAAAUUUAAUGAUACCGCAGGGUUGUUGAAGCACAACAAAGAACUUCCAACCGGGAUGCACAGUGUUCCAGUGGAAAUUGCAGAUCUGCAGGGCUUCGGUAAAACACAGAUGGUGCCGGUCAGGAUCUGCCAGUGCAAGAACGGCGUCUGCGUGGACCAGGACAGAUCCAUAUCAUAUGGGAGCAUGGGUAUUUUGGCUAUGCUGUUACCUCUGGCCCUCCUCCUCCUGCUCUUGUUACUCCUCGGCUUCUUCUGUGCGACGCAGAGAGAGAAGGUGAAGCUUGAGGAUAUAGGAGACAGCGGUGGAAUCAUUCUUAAAUCAAACACCGAAGGCCGAGGGGAUGAAGUGGAUGUCAGUCUCCUCCCGGUCUCCAGCUUUGCAGGCGAAGAAGUAAUGAAGGGCUCAGUUAAGGGUGUGAGUGCAGGAUACCCGGGAUUAAACAGUAUGAGCACAGUCGGAGCUCAUAGCACGACCGACAACUGGAUGUACAAGUCUGGCGCUGACUUGCAAUACACCAACCAGUUUGAUGCCCAGUACGUCGGCAACUAUGAAGGCCAGCUAGUUGGAAGUGGCGUGAACUUCGACAACGGACAACUUCAGCAGGGAUCAUCUUUUCUCCACAACUGGGAAGCAAACGGCAUCUAUCUACGCGAGAAACUGCACUACCUGGGAACAGAGGAGGAAGGAUGCUACGCGGAGGACAUCAACCACGCCUACGGUUUCGAGGGCGUGGGCUCGGCAGCCGGCUCCGUGGGCUGCUGCAGCGACUUUGGCGACAGCGAUAACCUCAACUUCCUAGACGCGCUCGGACCGAAGUUCAAAACUCUCGCAGACGUCUGUCAAAAGACAUGAACGAUGGAGCUGAAAUAACGGUGUUUACUCUUCACCGCAGCAAGUAGAGCGACGCCUGGGAUCUGAGCGCUCGAUAACGCCCCUGAACAUGAAUGGAAAAUAUGAACAAGCCGGCGGCAUCAGUGUGUGCACGCGCUGCUCUGCCAUUGCUUAUUGUUUUGUUAGCUUUUUCUUAGCUGUUAUUUUUGGUAAGAGUCUUUUGCACUGAGAACUAUGAUGUACAUAAUCUGUAUGUACUGUAUUAACAUGUCGCUUGGCUUUACAGGUCAUGAAGUUUGUUGUUGAUAUACAUGCAGUGAAGGGCUGUUGGGGUUUUAUAAUUAAUUCAUAACAAAUGUGGUUAUUUUGGUUUUUAUUCAUUAUUGCUGUUGAUGGUUAAUGAUACAGUCUUGCGUUUGUGUCGCUGCUUGUUUGCAAAAUUGUUUUGAUAUAUUUUUUAAAGAAAAAUAAAUAACUAAAUGAAAUAAGACAUGCACUUUUUAACAGUUAAGGUGGGAAAUAAGAUGUCUAAUUUACAUUCCUCUCAUAUUUAUAAUUGACACACAAUUAAUGUUGACUGACUUUCAAUGUUCUUUUAAGAAAGUACAUAUCUGGCGCCUGGUCAUCCUCCGUGGUGAGGAACAGGGUGUGGGUUCAGGCUUGGCUGUGCCUGAGGUUAUUGACACAUUCUGGCAGUAAUCCCACAAAAGUCAGCACAAGGGCGUGAAAGGGCGGAGUGAGGCGUCAACGACAUUGCUGUGCAUUGCAACAGGCUGUGUACAAGAAGGAAAGAAAGUGAACCAGUUCAGACAAAGGUUCUCACAAUCUGAUAAGAGUGAUUUGACAUUCCCCUGCGCUCAUACGUCUGUGUGUGUGUUUGUGUUUGUAUGUAUGUGUGUGUCUGUGCAUUCAGCUGUUAAAUCUGUAAUCACGUAUUGCCAUUAAAGAAUGUGUCCCCCUGUGAA